AUGAGCAGCAAAGGGAUCAUUCUGGAAAUGCGGAAAGAAAAGUCACGUGACGCUGCCCGAAGUCGUCGCGGCAAAGAGAACUAUGAGUUCUACGAGUUAGCGAAGCUUCUACCUCUGCCAGCGGCCAUCACAACUCAACUCGACAAGGCCUCUAUCAUUCGGCUUAGCAUCAGUUACCUCAAGUUGAGGGAUUUCACUGCGCAUGGAGAUCCACCUUGGAGCAGGGACAGCCCGGUGUCUUCUAAGUCCAUCAAAGGUGGCUCUAUCCGGUCAAGGUCAUCCUCUUCCUUAGCGAUGGAUAUCUUCGAACAGCACCAAGGAACGCAUAUUUUGCAGUCCUUGGAUGGGUUUGCCUUCGCGCUAAGUGCAGAUGGAAGGUUCCUCUACAUCUCAGAAACGGUUUCCAUUUACCUAGGGCUUUCACAAGUAGAGAUGACGGGCAGCAGCGUCUUCGACUACAUCCACCAGCAGGACCACGCGGAGCUUGCAGAACAAAUGGGCAUCAACCUAGCGCAGUCGCAGGCCGCUGCGGCUAGUCCAGGGUCCGUUGCCUCUGAUGACGGGUCCUCCUCUUCAGCUGCAGGGGCCUCCACGCCCACCAACUCACUUGAUAGGCCGCUUCCUGUGAUGACUCUAAAUGGAAACACAGCCUUCAAAGGGAGGGACAGAUCCUUUUGCAUUCGAAUGAAGUCCACGCUAACGAAAAGAGGAUGCCACUUCAAAAGUUCUGGAUACAGGGUGGUACUGGUGCUGUCUCACCUCCGGCCCCAGUACAGUUUUUCUAGAGGGAAGCAACCAGGACAGCAGAGCUCAUCUAGUGUGCUGGGCAUGGUGGCUAUGGCCAUUGCUCUGCCGCCACCCUCCAUCAACGAAGUACGUCUGGAAAGCGACAUGUUUGUUACCAGGCUAACUUUCGAAUUCAGGGUGGCACACUGCGAGCCCAGAGUCUCAGAGCUUCUGGAUUAUACGGCAGAAGAAUUUACGGGGAAAAAUAUGUAUACGCUGUGCCAUGGGCAAGAUGUACAAAAGCUACGGAAAUGCCAUAUAGACUUAAUCAACAAAGGACAAGUAAUGAGUGGGUAUUACAGACUUAUUAACAAGAACGGAGGAUACACGUGGUUGCAGACGUGUGCAACCGUUAUUUGCAAUGCCAAAAAUUCAGACGAACAGAGCAUCAUCUGCGUCAAUUACGUCUUAAGCGGCGUUGAAUACGAAAAUUGCGUUUUAGACUGUAGCCAAAUGCCCAACUCUGGGAAUCUGAAACCAGAUGAUCCGAGUAAUUCCGAAAGAGGUUCUUCUCCAGAUGCAGAUGGGCGAGAUGACGCAUCAUCAAGGGAAGGGUGUUGCACUCCAAAACCUUCCACAGAAGGACGGUGCUCUUCAACUGCUGGCGGCGAGAGCAACCACAGUGAUCACCUUACACAGCUUGUCAAACAUAGCGAAACGCUAAGGACGCCUGGAGACAGAAUUUCUUUGAGGGAUGAGUCUUCUUCUGUAUCAAAUGGUUACGACAUCGAACAAAAGCAGAUGGACCUAUCAGUGGAUAUGUCUCGUUAUCAAGACGCAGUCUCAAAGCAUUCCAGUCAUCAUGCAUGCUUAGAUGGACCAACGCAUGGUCGUGUAAAGAAACGUCGACUCAUCGGCAAUGGCCAUCAACUCACAGAUCCAAAGAGUCCUGCAGAUAGCACAGUAUCUAGUCUAAAUAAUGCUACCAGUCCACUGGAAAACGGUGGAUCAAUAAUUGACAGAGUAACCCCAGAUAGAUCUGCAAUGAAUUCUUCAGAUGGUAUGUGUCAUGCCCCAGCUACUCCACCAUCCGCUGGAGAAGUUGGAAGCGAUAAAAUAGACAGACCUUGGAAAAGAUCUCCAAACAGUGCAUCUGCCAGAGCAACGUACAAUUCAUCAAAUGGCUCAGCCAUGUCAGUGAAAGAACUUGAGGAUGUCAUGAACAAGCAUCUACCUUCUUCACAAGAUGAUUCCCUUGGCAAAUCAAGCGGGAGUCAACAACAGAGGUCAACAAUCCAAUGGAUUGGUGGCCCACAAACAACUCUUCCUGCUUCGUCAUUAUUGAGACAAAUUUAUGUCAAUAGAGAGUCGGUUAUUCGAUCGGGAACUCACAUAAGCCGACCAACAUACUAUGGUGAUUCGCAGGGUCCCUUGCCAACUCCACCUGGGAGUAGUGGUAGUGGAGACCCUUAUCCGGACCAAAGCCAGUUCAUGUUGCCAGGAAAAAUGGCAGGAGAAUCUUAUGGGGUCAUUGCUGGCUACUCUUCUGCACCAGUAACGGUUACUAGUUACAUGGACACGUAUUCUGCCAUGACUCCUCCGGCCUCAGUUUCACCCAGGGACAAAUUUCAUCCUGGAAUAACAGACACAGCUGCUUUCAGUGAGGCUGCAGCUGCGGCAGCAGCCGCUGCAAUCCCACACAUGCAUCACUAUGUCUCUGAAGGGACAUUGCAACAUCUACCCCUGAAGCCUCAAGUAUUCGUACAUCCAGGCACACUCGAUCCUUCUGCUUAUGGACAUUCACACACGCAACAAGGUCUCAGUCCAGAACAACAACAAUUAUAUGCCCACCAUGCAAGUGGGUUUCAUCUUUAUCACCCAUCUGCUAGCAGCAAAACAUCUCACCAUACGGCAAAUGGAACCUCUUGGUAUCCACAGCCAAAUACAUAACUGACAAUGUAAAGUGUUUCUGUCAUGUAAUAUAGUAACAUAAACUUCUGCCUUGAGGCUAUGAUUUAGAUAUCAUGCCUUAUUCAGUGAAUUUAGUCAAAACAAGUUUGGGACUUCUCUAUUGAUGUUAACAAAUACUUACAGAUGCACACAGAUGUUCAAUUAAUUUCACUCUGACAUUCAGCUUAGAUAGAAAAUUUAGUAAUUUCCACAUUAAGGAAAAAAUUAUCAACCUAUAACUUGAAAUUUGCAUUUUGAACUCUCCUUCCACAAAGCUUAACUAAAAAUUAUUGCUCCAAAGAAAUGAUUGAACUUCUGUGCACAUCUUAAGUCGAAGAUGGUUACCAUAUCAGCGACUAGACAGCAUAUUUGAGAUUGAGCUAUAUAUUCCAUAUCAAACCAUUUCAGAAUUUACAGUCAUGAAGAGAAAAUAUCUUCUCUUUUAAGUACCAUUUGAAAAAAAUUUUCUUUAGAUUAUGCUUUGUAUCAUAGAUUUGUCAUUACUGAAAAUUUCAAAACAAUCGCAUGUUUAAAACUUGCUUUAAAAAGACUCAUUUUCAAUUUUUUUAAGCUAUAUUUAUUAGAAAACACAUAUAAAUUCAAACUACAAAAAGCAAUUUCAAGAUUUUCCCAGAAAUUUAAAGCAAAUUUUUUCACGGCAACAGAAAGCAGUUUAACCAUUUAGUUUUACACCAUGCAGUUACAUUUAUAAUAAAAUACACUUUUUAUGUCAUAGAAAGUGUGAAAAAAUAUUUUUACGAUUAUAAGAGGCAGUAUUUUUAAAUUUAGUUUCUCUAACUUGCUUUUGUAAACCAGUAAUAGUGUCUAAGCAGUAAUAUUUUGAAUUUUACACACAUUGCAUUAGUCCUUCAAAAGUCUUUUAAAAAACUGAAAGUAAAUAAUUUACAAAAUAUUCAUUGAAUAUUGCAAAUAACCAGAUUGUAUCUUCAUUACGAAAAGAAAUCUUAACAUUGUUUGCAGUGAGAGGGUUUCCUAAAUAUUUUAUGAAAUAUUCUGGAGAAUAAGUUUCUCUGAGAUUGUUUGGUACAUAUUUAAUGUUUGUGUAACAAGAUUUCGUUCCUUCUAGAAUUUUAUCUAAAAUAAGAAAUCAAAUGUUUAAUCCGAAUUUGUAGUCCAAUAAGAUGCUUUUUUUGUGGAGAUAUAAAAUUCUCUCUUUCACUCUUUUUAUAUUUUAAGCUUUAACAAGUUUGAAGUUUAAAAGAGACAACAAAUUGCUACAUAAGUUUGUGCAAAACCAAACUUAUUUACAUAUGAUUUAUACAAAUACUAUGAAAUACAACAAAAAGCUUUUUGUCUGAUUGUUUGAAUUUUCAUUAAAAAAAGCCUCCAACAAAUUCUUAUUAAACACAUGCAUUGAAAUUUUUAGUUACUAAUUUAUCUAAAUUCAAAAGGUUAGAUUCAAUUUUUAAAAUUACGGGUACCAAAAUUAAUAAAGACUUGAAUUAUAAAAAAAAACACCAAAUUUUUCUUAUCAAAUUAAUCGAUGCUGCCAAACCAAAAAAUAAGCAUUAUAAGCAAAUAACCUUCAUGAGUCAGCAGCAAAUCCUAAUUUUAAAAUAUAUUUUGAUAAGAAAAUAAGGAAAAUUAGUUUCAAUUUGAUUUCAAUUAAAGACAUUUUCAAUAAUCUCUAAUACUAGAACUCAAGCAAGUCUUUCUAUUUCUAAUCUUAGGCAACCAUCAAAUAAAUAAUACCAAAACUUUUUGAUUACUUUUAUGUUGUCCGUUCACGAAACUUAGUAAUGAGGUGCCACUACAAAUAAUCUUCAGGACAAAAGUAAAAACUACGUACAACUUACAAUUGAUGCUCCAAAGUAAAUAUGUUUGUGAGUCAUUAAAAUGUUAACUAUCCAAGUUGGAGUGACAAGAAUACUGAAUUAAAUUUGAAAAAUUCAAUUACGGUCAUUUUAAAUUUUAUCCUUAACAUCAAUAGGUGUAAACUCCACUCUCACAUAAUUGAAUAAGCAUUUGCUUCUUCAAAAUGAUAUUUAAACAAUACUUAACUUUACAGCUGAUAAUUUGUUUCACAUAAAAAAAAUAAGUAUGUUUAAAUUUGCAAAAAAAAAAAAAAAAGGAAAAUUAUAAUAGUAUGGUAUAAAAAGGAAAUUCCAUAAUUUUGUUCAAAGCAAAAAUAUUUUAUGCAAGAGUGAGUAUCAUCAAAAUUGAUACAACAUUAAUUUAUUUUUGACAAUCACAAAAUUUUCCAGCACUGAUCAAAAGCUUUGAAAUGCCGUGACAAGUAUGCUCUUUAAUGAAAAGAAUGAUUUUUUUUUCCAAUGCAAUCAAAUCCUUACUGACAGAGGCAAUAACUUUUGUAAAUUUGUAUAAAAAAUAGAAGGGUAAGUAAGUUAUAUUUAUUGAUCAUAGAGUGAAAUUUUAAAAACUCAUUAGAUAAUAUAUACUUGCAAUAAUCAUUUCUAUGCAAUUAAAAACCGGUUAUUUUAGCAAGAUUUAUGUGUUUCACUCAAUCUAAUUGAGCGUUGUGUUGUUUUUAAUUGUUAUGUUUGUUUCUUAACGUUGUACGUGUUAUUCUGAAUCUAUUAUCAUUAAGAGAAUUUUAAUAUUAAAUCAA